AUGUUCAGUGUACUGAUAUGGCAGGUCACCCUGCUGCAACUGAACAGACAUCUUGACGACAACCACCAGAACCUCGUCGAAGAGGAGCAGGAUGAGGUCAAGAACUGGUUCGAGUCGCAAAUGGAAAAGGCCAAGAAGUUCCAGCCGCUGGCAGUCCUGAACCAGAAGCUGAAAGGCCUCGACGUAUUCGAAUCGAACGACGCUCCCACGCCGCCGCAGUCGACUUCACAUUCCGCCAACAACUCCACGACACACGUAGUCUACGAGCCCGUGCCACGACGAGAUCCAGAAGAGGAAGUCACACGGGCGCAUUGGCAGAGACCAGGAUACCGGGACACAUGCUCAGAUCCUACAUGCAGACGGCCGCUGUCGUCACAAAUAGCACUAGGCGGGAGCGGAUCACCAGUAAACUGCAGGCAGUGUGGUAGGAUCUUCUGCGAGGAACACACCAUGUACCAGAUGAAGCUAUCCCGGCAGGCGAAACACGACCCAACGCGAGGCAUCUGGUGUCGGGUGUGCGAAACCUGCUACAAGUCAAGAGACGGGUACCUUGACCACCACGGAUACGAACGCGACCAUUUCGAAGAGUUCGCCAAGAUCAGACGGAAGCGCGUGGACCGAGAGCAUAUGGAAGUUAGCCGUCUGGAAAAGCGAAUGACCAAGUUGACCUCGUUACUCGCCGAUCCACCACCACUCGAGGAUACACCAGGCUCAGGAGGCUGGUUUGGGCUUUCAGGCGCAAAGAACCAGCGCAAAGUCCUGGAGCAGUCUAUCAUCACCUGGGAGGAGGAUGCGAAGGUCACGAAUUGUCCUUUCUGCCAGCAGGAGUUUUCGACGUAUACAUUCAGACGGCACCACUGCCGCAUGUGCGGGCGUGUGGUGUGCAGCGACCCAAAGACAGAAUGUUCGACCGAGGUGGGCUUGAAUGUAUCAGCAGGUACCAAGGCUGAGAAGGCGCCCGCUCAGAUGAACGUCGACAUUCGCAUGUGCAAAGACUGCAAGCACACACUAUUCGCUAGAGGCGACUUUGCGCGUGAGCUUGCAAACAAGCCAAAAGACCAGCGCGCGUAUGAGAACUUGGCGCAGUUCGAAAGAGGAAUUCGACUACUACUGCCGCGAUUCCAGAAACUUCUACAAGCUCUACAAGAUCCGGACAAGCCACCAACACCACAACAGCUCACCGACGCGACCAAAGUACGGAAAAGACUAAUGGACGCCUUCUCACAAUUCGACACCGCAGCAAAACGAAUACGCGACCUCCCCACCGACUCCCCGACACAACAAAAACUCCAGAAAGCCGUCUACCAACAAGCGUACAGCUUUCUUUCCCUACACAUGCUCCCCCUCCGCUCCCUCCCCAAAAUCCUCAAACACGCCGCCCCCUCCGGCCGCUCCGGCACUGGCGCUCUCGCCUCGAUCAAAUACAACGAUCGCUCCACCGGCAGCGUGGUAUCCAGCGAAGUAUCCGCCAUGGAAACUGAAGAGAAGGAACUCCGCGAGCGCCUAAUUAUCCUCGAAGAGCAGAAGUUCAUGGUCAGCGAGAUGGUUGCGAAUGCGACCAAGGCGCGCCGGUUCGAUGAAGUUAAGAGUCUCGCGCAGAAUCUGGAGGAUUUGAAUGUUGAGAUUGGCACGGUAAAUGGCCAGCUUGGGCAGUUAGAUUUUGCGGGCGCGUAUUCGAGGGAGGGGGGGUGA